AUGUUCUUGACGAUUGAGUCUCAAAAUGCCUUUUCUACUCUCCUUUAUAUGCGGGAAAAUAUUGUCGAGGAUCAUAGGUUCGGAAAAUUUUCCACUCCUAAUGAUACACCACGCGAUCAACCAGGGGGACAGGUCAGACAGAGAGGAGGGGAACUAGAUAAAGAUGAACCUCCUGUCAUACCUACUGAGGACGAGCUUCCCAUGGUUCCUUACAGUGUGGCAUCAAGGAGAUUUCAGGACAAUUUGACACGGAGUGCCAAUUACACAAACAUGAGUCUGGAUUAUAUGAUGGAGAAGAUGCAUUUCCCACGACCCAGUCAUUUUCUAGUUUCCUAUCCUUAUGUACCAAGUUGGGAGGAACUUUGA